ACAAAGUAGAAUGGCUGCGCCCAUGCUAGACACUGACAGUUCAUGUUUGGCUUUUAAGGGCUGUUAAGAGUGAAAACAAGUAAUUUAUGUCAAUAAUUCUGAUCUGAUCAAUUUAAUAAUGGGUAAAAAGAAGCAGGCAAAAAGUUUAACCACAACAGAAAAACAGACAAAGAAAGAUGAAAAGUCUAAGAAGACAUAUUCAUUAACUAAGAGUGAUGCAACUUCAGUGGCAGAUGGCUCGGUGGACUCAUUGCCUAAGGUUUCUAUUCCCGAUGAACUGGAGCGUGACAUUAUUGCCCUGAUACAGAAAGAACAACAACAGAGGGCGCCACAGGGUGAAGUGUCCAAGAGAUUAACAAGCAAAAAGUUAACAGAUGUGUACAACAGUCUGUCAAAUGCUGGGUUUUCACACAAGCAGAUUGAAGGGGCCAUGUCCAACUGUAUAUUCUAUGGAGGAGACCUCAUCGACGCUCUUGACUGGCUGUGUCUAAACACCCCUAAUGAUCAGCUUCCUGUUGGAUUCUCUGAAACUCUUCUAAGGGAGGAGAAAAAACGCCGCCCAACUUUUGACCAAUCACUGCAAGUGGAUGCAGCCAUGUUGCCGCAGAACUUAAUGGAGACUCCAAAGGCAAAAGCUCCAGUGAAGAAGGAAGAAAAAGAGUCGGUAAAGAAUUGGAUUCUCCAGUUUGCCGACAAGGAUUCCUCAGAAGAGGAGACAGACGACAAGGAACCAGAUCCAAACGAAGAGUACUUAAUACUGACAGCUAAACUGCUAGAUGCUAAGGAGCAGGCUGCCAUUGCUAAGCAACAAUGGAACAAAGACGAACAGAAGCAACUUUCCAAAAGGAUUCGUGACUUUAUGCUCGCUAUGGAGAAACUAGAAAAACAUCCCGCUUUUAACCCAGCUGUAAAGAUCAGUAGCAUAGACAAAGAAGAUGCCAUUGCAACGAAGAAUUCUGAUGUUGCCAUGGAAACGUCCCCACCAAUUAACUCGACCGUUGCAGAACCGACUGAUAACUCGGCUGGUGAUUCGGACGAUGAGUGUUUUGAUCUUGGAUUUGGAGUAAUGGAAGAGAGAGUCGCAGCAGAGGCACCCAAAGCACCUGUUGUCGUAACGAAGGCCAUAGUGAGGCAUUUUGAAUACACUCGCCAGCAGUGGACGGGAAAGUCUCCCAAACAGUUUCUCAUCGACUGGGUCCGGAAACACCUUCCCCGCAGUGACGCACCGAAAUACCAGAAAAUACAGCAACAGGCUUGUUUCAAAUGCAAAUGUAGAGUGGAUAGAAAGAAGGAAGGAGGAAUGUUGGAAGUCUGUCCUGACAUUUUGUGUGAAAAUGUUAAAGAAGCAGAACACUUAGCGUCGACUUUAGCUUUAUAUCAUUUGUGUAAAGGCCAGUCUGUGUACACAUUGUUACCCCCACCGUACCGGGACAUUUGGUUAGAGUGGCAGGACGCGGAAAACGCAGCUAAGAAAGAAGCAAAACAAGUGGAAAACAAACCGAGAGAUCAGUUUAUAUCACGGUUAAUGAAGAAACUUCAGCUGGAGGAAGGAAAACAAACCGGUGAGACUGGAUCCGGACAGGGUGAUGUUGAAGAGGAUACUUGGGAAAGUCUCGCAGACAAAGACAACUGGGGUCCCACUGUGGACAACUCGUCGUUGUCCAGCAAGCGAUCGGGACGAUCUGGACUGACCAGCGACCAGCUGGUCAGACUACUGGAUGACCGACAAGCCUCAGACACAUUCCUUCAGCUCCUGCACACUCGCUCCAGCCUGCCCGUGUUCCAGCACCGACAGUCCGUCAUGGCCACGGUGUGUCGAGAGAACAUUGUCGUGGUUGCUGGGGAAACUGGGAGCGGCAAGAGUACACAGGUUCCGCAGUUCAUUCUGGAGGACAUGAUACGGUCAGGGCAAGGAUCGAAGUGCAAUAUCGUCUGUACCCAACCCCGUCGAAUCUCGGCGCUCAGUUUAGCCAAUCGCGUAUCGCAGGAGCUGGGAGAGGGUUGUCCGGGGAAACGAGAUUCGCUGUGCGGGUACCAGAUCCGGUUCGAGUCAAAGAAAGGACCGAAUACAAAACUCUUGUACUGCACAACCGGAGUGCUGCUGCGGCAGCUGCAGCUCAAACCGGAUCUCUGUGAUGUCACGCACAUUGUCAUUGAUGAGGUGCAUGAGCGAAGCGUGGAGUCUGAUUUCUUGCUGAUUGUGAUAAAGCGUAUUCUCGAGAAGCGCUCGGAUCUGAAGGUGAUCUUGAUGAGUGCCACGCUGGACAGUGACAAGUUCUCCGCCUACUUCCAUCACUGUCCGGUCAUCAACAUUCCAGGACGAACCUACCCGGUGCAGAUUUUCCACCUGGAAGACAUUAUUGAGAUGACAGGCUAUGUAGUUGAUGAGGAUUCACAGUACACCAUUCGGGCCAAUCGGCUUGUCCAGGAGGACAGUGCUACUCUGCAGGUGACCGAACAGGGAGGGGAGACAACUCAGGUUAAUGUCUAUUGGACCAAAGAUGACAUCAGCAAACUCGAUCAGACUGAACUAUCCCCUGACAAGUACAGUCUGCGAACAAGAAACGCCGUCACCCGUCUCAACGUCGACCGAAUCAACAUGGACUUAGUCAUGGAGUUACUGAAUCACCUGACUAAAGACGAAGAGUUUCAUCAGGUAGAUGGUGCCGUGCUCGUGUUUCUGCCAGGACUGUCGGACAUACAGGAACUCUACGAGAACUUGCAGUCAGACAGGCUGUUCUCAGAUCCAAACAGGUUCAUGGUGCUGGCCCUACACUCCGUGUUGUCAUCAGAGGAUCAGUCUAAAGCCUUCACGACUCCGCCAGCCGGGAUCAGAAAGAUUGUCCUCGCCACCAACAUCGCCGAGACCGGGAUUACGAUCCCAGACGUCGUGUUUGUCAUCGACACCGGGAAGGCAAAAGAAGUCAGGUAUAUCGAGACGAGUCAGAUGUCGUCAUUAGAAGAAGUGUUUGUGUCAAAGGCCAACGCCAAACAGAGGCAGGGCAGAGCAGGGCGGGUCCGCAGCGGGUUUUGUUUCCGACUUUUCACAGAACAGAUGUAUCGGAACUUUCGUCCGUAUACUCUACCGGAAUUGUUGCGCGUUCCUCUCGAAGAGCUGUGCCUUAACAUCAUGAAGUGCAAGUUUGGAAAACCAGUUGACUUCCUGGCCCAGGCCCUGGACCCACCCCAGCCCCAGGUGACGUCGCGGGCCCUGGCGUUACUCCGCGAGGUCGGUGCGUGUGAGAUGGAUGAUUGCACACUUACUCCGCUGGGACAUCACCUCGCAGCACUGCCCGUCAACGUGCGCAUCGGCAAAAUGCUGCUGUUUGGAGCUAUAUUUGGAUGUCUGGAACAAGUGGCUGUAAUCGCUGCUGCUAUCACUGACAAGUCUCCGUUCCAAGUUCCUCUGAACAAGAAGGAUCUGGCGAACACAGCAAAACAAGCAAUGGCGGUCGCGUGUUCUGACCAUUUGACGCUGUACAGAGCAUAUGAUGGCUGGAAGAAGGCGAAGUCCCAGGGGAGACAAGCAGAGAUGAAAUAUUGUCAUCAGAACUUCCUCAAGAGAAAUACGCUUCUCGACAUUGAGAAUGUUAAACAGGAUCUCGUGAAGCUGGUCAAUUCCAUCGGAUUUACCGAAAUGAAGCCGAAACCAUCGAGAAAAACCGCCAUUAGCAAAAGUGGUGUCCUUGACAUUGGUGAUACCUCAGUUCAAGGUCAUGGCCUUGACCUAGAAACCAUCGCCGUGCUGAAGGCUGUGCUGACAGCGGGACUGUACCCUUGUGUUGCCAAGACGACCUCGACGCCAGCGGUAGAUGCUGCGGCCAACCCCACCAAGGUCAUUUGUGUUGCGGAGACGGCACAGGGCAUGGCUCAGAUACACCCAGCCUCGGUGAACAGAUUUCUGCAGGCCAAUGGCUGGCUCAUCUACUUGGAAAAGGUUCGUCUGUCCCGGGUCUAUCUCCGAGAUUCGACCUUGACCUCGCCGUACCCUCUCCUGCUGUUUGGCGGCGACAUCGACGUCCAACACACUCAACAACUAGUUUCCGUCGACGGCUGGAUCAAGUUCAAGACAAAGGCUAGAACUGGCGUGAUAUUCAAGGAGCUGCGAUGUCUUUUGGUUCAGCUACUUCAGAAGAAGCUAGAAAGCCCAUCAGUAGAUUUUUCAGAUUCCUGUUUGAUCGAUACGAUACGCAGACUUUUAGCCGCAGAGAAAUCCUAGUAAUGAAGUCAGAAAUACAGACAUUGUUUACAUUGUACAUUAUAAAAAUAAAUAAUGUAUUUAUCA